AACUGUUGGCACUUUCCAGGUUACUAGUCACUGAAUAUUCAAAGGUCAACCCAAUAAAACCCCUCACAUUUCUCAUACCAACAACUAAACAUCAACUCAACUCCAAUUUUAGUCAUUUCCCCAUAAUUGGCAAACUUCCCGGCAACCCACCAUGGACACCCUCCAAUUUUUCCUCUUCAUAUUCCAGCUUUUACUCUGCCUCAACCCAAUCUCCGCGGUGGACUUCCUCUUCAACUCCUUCACCGGCGCCACCAACACCACCAACGUGACCCUCAUCGCCGACGCGCUCGUAGACUCCUCCGUCGUCCGCAUGACCAACGACUCCAACCAAUACUCCUUCGGCAGAGCCUUCUACACUAAAAAAGUCACCAUCAAGAAACCCUUCCCUUCUUCUUCUUCUUCUUCAAGCAACUUCUCUUCCUUCUCGGCCUCCUUCGUCUUCUCCAUCUUGCCGCAGAUCCCGACGAGUCCCGGAUUUGGCCUCGCUUUCGUUCUCUGCAACACAACCUCCCCUCCCGGCGCACUCGCCAGCCAGUACUUCGGUCUCUUCACCAACGCCACCUCACCUCCCCUGUUCCCGCUCCUCGCCGUCGAGUUUGACACAGGCCAGAACCCUGAGUUCGGCGACCCCGACGACAACCACCUCGGCAUCGACCUCAACAACAUCGUUUCCAAGAAAACUCAGCCCGCAGGGUACUACAACUCCACCGGAGGAUUCGUCCCCCUCCGAAUGCGAACGGGACAGAACGUUCACGCUUGGAUCGAUUUCGACGGCGAGACUAUGCAGAUCAACGUCACCGUCGCUCCGGUGGGGCUUCCCCGCCCGAAGAAACCAACUCUCUCGUACACAGACCCGGAAAUGGCGAACUACUUGUCUUCUGAUAUGUUCGUUGGGUUCUCUGCUUCGAAAACCAAUUGGAUCGAGGAACAGAGAGUACUCGCAUGGAGUUUCAGCACUUUAGGUUCCGCAAGAGACAUAAAUACAACUAAUUUACCAGUUUUCCAGCCUACAACCUCCUCUUCCUCUCUCUCCGGCGGCGCAAUCGCCGGAAUCGUUCUUGGCUGCGUCGCUUUCGUGGCAAUCUUUGUCUCGAUCUGUUACCUGUGGUGGCGAAAGAAGAUGAAGGAGGAAGAAGAAGAGAUCGAGGAUUGGGAACUGGAGUACUGGCCCCACAGAUUCUCCUACGACGAACUCAGAACCGCAACGGGAGAAUUCAGGAGGGAGAACCUUCUAGGCUCCGGCGGGUUCGGAAGAGUAUACAGAGGAAUGCUUCAGAACAAAACAGAGGUUGCCGUGAAAUGCGUCAACCACGACUCAAAGCAAGGCGUGAGGGAAUUCAUGGCGGAAAUUUCAAGCAUGGGGAGGCUGCAGCACAAGAACUUGGUCCAAAUGAGAGGGUGGUGCAGAAAAGGAAACGAGCUUAUGCUGGUUUAUGACUUCAUGCCCAACGGGAGCCUCAACAAGUGGGUGUUUGACAACCCGCCGAAGCUUCUAGAAUGGGGGAGGAGGCGAAGGGUGCUCGUCGACGUGGCGGAGGGGCUCAACUACCUUCACCACGGGUGGGACCAGGUUGUUAUUCACAGGGAUAUUAAGUCUAGUAAUAUCUUGCUAGACUCUGACAUGAGGGGGAGGCUUGGGGACUUUGGUUUGGCGAAGCUAUACCAGCAGGGGGAGGUUCCCAACACCACGCGUGUCGUUGGCACAUUGGGGUACCUCGCGCCAGAGUUGGCUACUGUGGCGGUGCCAACUUCGGCGAGUGAUGUUUAUAGUUUUGGAGUGGUGCUUUUGGAGGUGGCAUGUGGGAGGAGGCCGAUUGAGACGUCGGCGGCGGAAGAGGAGGUGGUGCUAAUUGACUGGGUGAAGGAGCUGUACGCCAGUGGGAGGAUGUGUGAGGCUGCGGACCCGAGGAUUGAAGGGGAGUAUGAGGUUGGGGACAUGGAGAUGGUGCUCAAGCUUGGGUUGGCUUGUUGCCACCCUGAGCCUCAGAGGAGGCCAACGAUGAAGGAGGUGGUUGCAGUGCUUGUGGGGGACAAUGUUGCGGAGGAGCCGGGGAAAGUGUUGUCUGAUUUGGUGCGUGGCGACGGUGGUGGUCUGGAGAAAGAGGAGGAGACCACGGCUUUACAGGGAAACCUUCCGGAUUGACUGCAUAUAAUUGGACUCCUUUUUUCUUGUCAGUUAAUUUGGAUUUUUAUUUUGGUGUUGAAAUUUUAUAGCGUGGUUUGGUGGUCAAGGAUUACAUUAAAUUAACAUUGUAUUUAAUUCGUUUCCAAUUGUUUAUUCGUUGAAUUUCAGAUCCAACGGAUAAUUUAUUGGUUGUUACUUUAGGUACAAGUCCUUUGUAAUAGAUGCUGAGUAAAGCAAAAUUGCUUACUCCGUUCCAAAA